AUGUCUAUCCAGAAAAAAGACUGUCUUAAAGAUUUCCAGGGAAUCAACGGCGUUGAAUUACAGUCACCGCUUAUCACCAUUAACAACAUUUAUAACUCAAGACAGAAAAUCAAAAAUGGUGAACCAGAUUGGUAUGGGGUUCUACAUCUGAUUAAUAAACCUGCAACCUUUGAAGAAAUAUACACUAAUUAUAAUAAGCUACAUGCCAAAGUUGAGGAAGGUAGAAAUAAUGUGGCUGGUGUUGAAGGAGCCUUUAAAAUUUUAUUGGAAGCUUUGUGCAUGCUGACAGAAACAUUUUGGACCAUGUGUCCUGGUUGCAAGUUUCGAUUCCAUUAUUCCAAUGCUAGAACCAACAAAGAACUUGUGUGCGUAAAAUGUGGCAAUCUUUUUGUUGCUGUGCCACUCACUUGUGAUAACUAUCCUACACAUUUUACUAUGUGUCGGGAUGUGGUUCUUGCAUUAAAUGCAAGUUCAUCAAACCCUGAGGCCUCUAAUGACCAGUCGGAGAUUAAGAUGAUGUUGAUGGACAAAGCACGAACGGAAAUUUUGAAGCAGUUAUACAAAUAA